AUGAAGGGCCUUGCAGCUGCCCUCCUUGUCCUCUGCACCGUGGCCCUCUGCUCCUGUGCACAAGUGGGUACCAAGAAAGAGUUCUGCUGCCUCGUCUAUACCUCCCGACAGAUUCCACAAAAGUUUAUAGUUGACUAUUCUGAAACCAGCCCCCAGUGCACCAAACCAGGUGUCAUCCUCCUCACCAAGAGAAGACGGCAGAUCUGUGCUGACCCCAACAAAAAGUGGGUCCAGAAAUACAUCAGUGACCUGAAGCUGAUUGCCUGA